AUGGUUCGAAAAGGUCAUUUUUUGACACCUUAUGUAGUUGUUCUUCAUUCUGUAAAAAAAGCAAAUUCAUGCAAUAAAUAUGCUGUAUGCCGAGCUUGUAUUAGUGCUGUUGGAAAAGAUGAAGCAUACAAAAAUAAAUUUACCAAUACUAAAAGAGAAUCAAAAUCUACAUCUAAAAAAAAGAAUAUUAAACCUCCAAAAAAGAGAUCACAUAGAACUAGUAUUUCAAAUGAUUCUUCAAGUGAAAAUGAAUCUGAUGCUUCUUAUCAUUCAAUUGCUAAUGAAUUUUCAGAUAAUGAAAUUUCUCAAGAUAUUAAUACUUUAGAUAAUUAUAUUUUUCGUCCUUUAACAUCUGCACAAAAACAUAAAUUUGAACAACUUUUAUUAGAAGUUACAGUUUCAUUAUUAGGUGGGCAAAUUCUUAAAGAAACAACAAGUAAUGAAUCAGAAAUAUUACUUAAAAAUGCAAAAAGGGAUCAAUUUGAUGUGACUCUUACUUUUGAUGGUACUAUUUUAAUAACAUCACUUGGUGAUAUUGUGAUUUGGAAAGCAGCAGAUUGUGAAGCAAAGUGGAUUACUGGAAAUGAGAUUGUACAUAUUACAGAAAAAUUUUUACUGAACUUAAACAACAGAAUAUUAAACAAGCGUCUACAACUUCUAUAUAGAAAAAAACUAUUUUUACCAUGUUAUGCAUAUCAGCUUAAUCUUUGUGUAGGAGAUAUUUUUAAAGAAUUGAGUUUUUUGUCUACUCUAGCUGGGCAAGCAGUUGGAAUUACUUCAUUUUUUAGUCAGGCAAAAUUUUGGAUUGGGAAAUUACGUGAAGAACAGGCUGCUACUUAUAAAAACAAAUUUUAUGCAUUGAUUGUUCCAAAUGAAAUGUGA